UAUAUAAACACCACUGUGGAGAGAGUCACCAUCUGCGACACAAGAGUUGACAAUGGAUUCCAGUACCUACAAGCUCUAUCACAAAGACUGCUUUGAUUCCAGAGAACAUCUGGACACUUACUUCUCAGAUAAAGAUGACAUGGUCUUUGGGGAGGAUUUCUUGUUAUUUCCCAUAGAACAUCUUAGAAAAACUUUUGCAUUGGGUUAUAUUAAAGGAGAUAUCUUGAUUGACCUCAGCCUUGGUUCUAUACUUCAUCAUCUGUAUUCAUCCUGUGAGUUUUUCAAAGACAUCAUAGUGCUCAAGGUCAGUGACCGAUGCAUCAUGGAGCAGAAAAGAUGGGUGGACGCACGUACAGGAGCAUUUGAUUGGAGCCAUGCAACAAAACUUCAUGUAGACACAGAAGGAAACAGUGACGAAUUACAGGAGAAGAAUGAAAAUUUGAAAUCAGCAAUUCAUCAAAUAGUAAAAUGUGACCUUGAGAAGCCAAAUAUCACAGGUCUGAUAGUCUUACCACCAGCAGAUUGUAUCAUCAGCGGUGCGCUCCUGGAUGUUGUCUGCAAAGAGCAAGAAGAUUACAUCAGAUGUCUCUCGAAGUUGUGGGGUUUACUAAAACCUGGAGGACACCUCAUAUUAAUUGGGAUUGUAGAUGCAACAUUUUUCAAACUUAAGGAAGACAUGUUCCAUGUAUUAAACUAUAAUGAGAGGUUUGCCAGGGAGGCUGUAGAGGGAGCAGGCUUUGUUAUUGAUUAUUGUAAGGUUAAGGAAAGAACAGCUGUUAGUGACCUUACUGACUAUAAGGGCACAAUAUUCAUUGUAGCUCACAAGGAGCAGUAGAGCUGAGUAGAAACUUACGAUUUAAGGAAACAAAAUAAACGACUUUUGUGGCGUAUAUCUUGUGCAGAUUCUGUUGCACGCCUUGCUGCGACAGAAUCUGCAACUUCUUCCCCAUUCACGCCAGGUCUCAAAAAGUGGGCAUGGUGUGGGUAGGAAGGCCGGCCUGUCUCAUUUAUCAUUUUCUACGCCUGGUUUAGUCAUAGAAAAUGGUUUAAAUGUAAGACUGCAAGGAAACUGCCUUACAUUUAGAAUCAGGUGGUGGAUAGGACGAAAUUAUGUAGAGGCUGUGCUCCUAAUGCCUCAUUCACGUUUCAGUGUUUUGGUCAGUGAUUUUGAGCCAAAACCAGGUGCGGCUCUAAACACAGAACAGGUGCAGAUCUUUCCCUUAGGCCUCAUUCAGACAACCAUAUGAAUGGGUCGACAUCCGUUCCCCAAUUUUAUGGAAGGGGUGCGGACCCAUUCAUUUCAAUGAGGCCGCAAAAGAUGGGGACAGCACCGUGUGCGGUCCACAUCCGUAGUUCUGUUCUGCUGUCCCGCAAAACAGAUAGAGCAUGUCCUACUGCAGACAAGAAUAGGCAUUUCUAUCAUAGUGUUGGCCAUGUGGGGUCCGCAAAAUUCGGAACGCACACGGCCGAUAUCCUUGUUUUGCGGAUCCGCAAUUUGCGGAACACAAAACACUACGGCCGUAUGAAUAAGCCCUUAUACCUUAUAUCUGUGGAGGCUCCAAUCCUUGUUUUGGUUCACAUUCACUGAUGGAGAUCACUGAUCGAAACACUGACGUGUGAAUGAGGCUUAAGUCUUUAUGUCAAGAGCAUACAGUGUACGUAAAGCUUUAAACCAGGAUUAAAAAGAAUCUGUCACCAAUUUUAUGCUCGUCUUUCUGAGAGAAGCAUUAACUGCCGACAGAGAUGUUAGUUUAAACGAUGGGGCACUUACUUGUUUUUAGCAUGUGUUUUUCUUAAAAUGUCUAUUAGACGUCUUCAGUGCAAGUCAAGUGAUGAAGUCUCCUUUAGACAGUCUAAGGAGUCCUUGUAUUCAGGAGGACCUCUCAGCUCUCCUCAUCAACCACCACUAGUUGACAGCGUUUUUCCUAUUCACACUAUAUAAAGAGAGCAAUCAAUUGUGUGCAGGGGAGAGGCCAGACAGAGCAGAAGAAUAUCAAGUUUCCAGCACUUGUCACAUAUGGAGGUUCUUUUAAUUUUAAAGGGAACCUGUCACCGGGAUUUUGAUACAUAUGCAAAUUAACCUGAGAUGAGUCCUGUACAUGAGAUG